AUGCCGUCUGCACAACCUGCUACUCCUCCCGCCACACCUCCCGGCUUGGAGCCCUCUCUCCCUCUACCUUCACCAUGUCUAUCCUACUGGCACAAAACCACUCGCGGCUUUCUCCAACUCAAUGCUAACAAGGACGCACUUCCACCAGAGACAGUGGACUACACAAUAGUUGGCUCAGGCAUCUCAGGAGCCUUAACAGCCUUCUCUCUCAUCGACUCCGGCAUUCCCGGCAACAGGAUCUUGAUACUUGAAGCUAGAGAAGCAGUAUCAGGAGCCAGCGGCAGAAACGCAGGACACGUUCGUCCUGAUGCUUUCCGAGGUUAUGCGGCGUACGCAGCAGUCCAUGGCCCCGAGCAAGCAAAGAAAAUCAUCAUAGAGGAGAGGAAAGUGCUGGAUGCUGUCGAUGAGUUUGUGCGCCGACAUGACGUUCCGUGCGAUUUCGACCUUACGACUACGUUUGAUGUGUGCUUGACGCCUGAAUUUGCUGCGUAUGAGGCACAAAGCUACGAGGCGUAUAAGGCGGCUGGAGGAGAUGUGUCGCAUGUACAAUUCUACGAGGGCGAGGAGGCCAAGGAAAGGACAAGAGUUCCUGAGGCGGUUGCUGCGUACGAGUGGCCUGCUGGAUCUAGUCAUCCUGCCAAGUUGGCACAAUGGCUACUGAACAGUGUCAUUGAGAAGGGGGCACAGCUAUGGACGCAUUGUCCUGCCGUUGCGGUAACUAAAUCGGAGCGUUCAGGAUAUCGAUGGGAUGUACGCACGCCGCGAGGAACGAUCGCAACGAACAUGGUUGUGCAUAGCACCAACGCAUACGCGGCAGCAUUGCUUCCUCACCUAAAUGGCUACAUAACGCCCAACCGAGCACAAGCGCAUUCGCUCGUACCCCCAUCUGCCUUCAGCGCAGAAAACGCCUUUACCAGCACCAUGUCGCUCAGAUAUAGCCUUCACCAUUUCUACUCGGUAAUUCAGAGAAAGGGCGAUGGAACUAUAGUCCUCGGUGUCUCCAGAUCGAACCCCGAGCUGAGCGCAGAAACAUUAGCGGUGCGAGAGAGCUUCGACGACGGUGCUUUCAACCAAGAGAUUGUGGAUGACGCAUUGAAGCGUUUUGUGAUCAUGUUUCCAGAGUAUAGAGCGGAGACUGAGCGCCAUGGCGAAGGACUAGAUCACGCGUGGACUGGAAUCAUUGCCAUGACUCCUGAUUCGGUGCCAUAUGUUGGCGCUAUCGAAGAGUUGCCUGGACAAUAUAUCUGUGCUGGUUUUAAUGGACAUGGCAUGGCGAGGAUCUUUACGUGUGCGCCAGGUUUAGCCAAACUAAUGCUGGGCGGCUCAUGGGAGGAUACAGGUCUGCCAGAAUGUUUCCAGUACGGCAAGGAGAGGCUGAUCAAAGCUGCGCGCAAAGGACAGAAAGGGAGUGUUUGGUAG